CGGUUCAAAUAAUAAUAAUACGAGGGCAGUACAACUAGCGUUCUGGUACAAAAUGAGUGGCGGUUUGGCUCCGAGUAAAAGCACUGUUUAUAUUUCUAACCUUCCGUUUUCGUUGACUAAUAACGAUUUGCACAAGUUGUGCACGAAAUAUGGCAAAGUUGUCAAGGUGACGAUUGUCAAAGACAAACAAACGCGGAAGAGUAAAGGUGUGGCGUUUGUGCUGUUCCUGGACAGAGAGUCAGCUCAUAACUGUGCUCGGUCUCUGAACCACAAGGAGCUCUUUGGCAGGAUGGUGAAGGCCAGCAUCGCUAUUGAUAACGGAAGAGCUGCUGAGUUCAUCAGGAGAAGAAACUACACAGACAAGUCCAAGUGUUACGAGUGUGGCGAAGAUGGUCACUUGAGCUACUCCUGCCCCAAGAACUUGCUCGGAGAAAGAGAGCCUCCACCCAAAAAGGAAAAGAAGAAGAAGAAGAAGGUGAUGAUGAUGAAGCAGCACACUGACGAGGCUGAGCCAGAGGAAAGUGAAGAUGAAGGAGAAGACCCUUCACUGGACAGUUUAAGCCAGGCCAUUGCUUUCCAGCAAGCUCGAAUAGAAGAAGAAGACGGACGAAAGAAGCAGACCACAGGAGACCCGAACCACACUUCCACAUCAGAUAGUUCACAUAAGCCAAGGAUCAAAAAGAGCGCGUACUUCAGCGAUGAAGAAGAGCUCAGUGACUGAUGAACAUGAUCCUGUUCCUAAGAUCUCUAUGAUCAAAGAUUGGUGGACUUAUUGGUUACUAUAUCUAGUGGAGCUUUCUGUCUCUCAAAGGCUUAUCAAGAACUUGCAAGCAAAAUUCAAGUAAAAUAAAUCACUUGGUGUUUUGGAAAACUGAUGCUGUUUCCAAUGUGAUUGGAAAAGUUGUGGUCAUUCUACAGCAGUUCAGACUUCUUUGACUCUGUUAAUUGUUUUUGCUUGUUUGUCUUCUGAUAUUGUAAAUAAGGUCUACCUAUGAGUACAGAUGUUUACUGAGUGAUUUAAUGAUAUAACUCAAUGUUAUGCAAAUAAAGCAACAUUUUUUUUUUU